AUGAGUCCCAGGCGCACGGGCCUGCUGUGCUUGCUGUGCCUUUUGGGCAUCACAGCCCCGCGAUGCGAUGCGGACUUGGGCGGCGCCAUAGGGAAGUGCAAGGCGCGGAUGCGGGCCCGAGGGUACGAGUGCUUCGAGGAGGGGCACGUGGGGAUCGACUGGAGCCCGCUGGAGGACGGACCGAUCGCGGCGGAAGACGCGGACGGCAAAGAUCGAGAGAUGAACCAGGCAGCGCGGGGGCUGUGGGCGGCCAACGGGCUGGGAGAGCCGAACGAGGCCGACGCGAUGACGGUGCUAGCCGAUGGCACGGUGUGCGUGCGGCGGGGCGGCGCCGGACUCAACGACUCCGAUGGGGCGAUCCCGCGACCGGCCCCAGCUGGAGGGCGAAGAUUGGCGGGGCACCUUCGCCACGAACGGGGGACAAUGGCAGAUUCCAUGCCAGAACCGGGAAUUAUGAGGGAGAGAGGGGUUGGAGCUGGCGGAAAUGGGCGCGGCGUGCUGCAGCUGGGUGGGGGAAGAUCCUUCGGCGUGGAGCCGGGGCUGCCGGACACGUCCGGCGGACGGGUGAGGGUCCCGAUCGACCGGUCGACCGAGGAGCCGCUGAGCUCCGUGGGUCAGCUGGGGGUGGGCUGCUCGGCCACGCUGGUGGGCCCAUGCCACUACCUGACCGCCGGCCACUGCGUGUGGAACGACGCGAGAUUCCAGCGGCGUGCGGGUAACGACUUCAACCCAGGGAGGAACGGCGGUGAGCUGGCGCAGCCACUUGGGCGGUGGCAGGCGCUGCAGGUGUACCCCGCGAUGCGGUUCACGCUGUUCGGGAACAGCAGGAACGACGCGGCGCUGGUGCAGGUGGAGGGCACGCCGGGACUGGAGCUGGGGUACAUGAACUUCAGCGCGGAGGGGCUCCCAUCAAACGUCCUGCUGAACAUCGCUGGAUACCCUGGUGACAAGCCAAUAGGUGAAAUGUGGUUUGACUCUUGCGAUGCCAGCUUUCCCGACAGCGAACAAUCCGAGUUUGAAGAGUUUGAGGGGCUGGUUGGGCAUGACUGCGAAACUGCCCCAGGAAACUCUGGCUCUGGGAUGUGGACGUAUUCCCCUGAGGACGGGAGCCGUGUAAUUGCCGCCAUCCACACUGCCAGAUUCGUGGGAUUUAACUUUAACUUCUUCAUUGAGGCAGUUGAUGAACCCAAGGGUGUGCACCUAGCGGGAGACCUGCUAAGGGAGCUGCAAAGUGUGAUGGAUGACAUGGAGUGUGUUCCGUCCUGA